AAGACCGAGCUGCAAGACUUCAGGGGUGGCUGGGGUCAGGCUGGGGGUGCUGGCCUUAGUGGCCACCUGGAGCACUGGUGGCCUGCGGGUGUGCAGGUGGGUCAUACAGCUUAGCUCCUGGGCCGUAGCAACGUUCAGCUGCACAGAGACAGCGGUGUGCCGACCUCAGAUCUGUACCGCAUGUCAUUGAAAUCCCGUUGGCAUUACAGUUAAUAAUUCACCUCUCGCACUCCUGACCACAGCCUUAUUUGCGUGGUGCGGUGCAGAUUAACAGAGUGCGCUGUUUACACUUGCUUUGAACUCUAGCUCCAGACCCCGUGCGACCUUUACGCGCACGCUCCUCAGGCCAACAGCAGCGGACCCGCCAGCUCCAUUCCCUCAGACAAACAUCUUUAUUUGCACGUCGCUAUAGCUACAAAACCACGAUCUUUCAUUGCUGAGAUUCAUCAGUGCUGAGCUAACCAGAGGUUACUUCCUUGAACACAAUGAAGCAAAGUACACAGAGCGGAGGGAGAGAGUAUACACAUGCAUGCGGAUACCAAAAGAACUGGAAAAGUUGAUGUUUUUUGGAAUCUUUUUGUGCCUGGAUGCUUUUCUGUAUAUAUUCACCCUGCUUCCUUUGAGAGUUUUUCUGGCAAUGUUCCGAUUCAUCACUUUGCCUUGCUAUGGAUUACGCUCUCAUCGGGGCCUAACAGAAAGCGAUAGACGUUUGCUGCAACCUGCUCAGGUGUGCGACAUUCUCAAAGGAGUGAUAUUGGUCAUCUGCUACUUCAUGAUGCACUAUGUUGACUACUCUAUGAUGUAUCAUCUUAUAAGGGGGCAGUCUGUCAUAAAGCUCUACAUCAUCUAUAACAUGCUUGAGGUGGCUGAUCGUUUGUUUUCUUCAUUUGGACAAGAUAUUUUGGAUGCUCUUUAUUGGACUGCUACAGAACCUAAGGAAAGAAAAAGAGCCCAUAUAGGUGUGAUUCCUCACUUCUUCAUGGCAGUGCUCUAUGUCUUCCUGCAUGCUAUUCUUAUAAUGGUUCAAGCAACAACCCUUAACGUGGCCUUCAACUCUCACAAUAAAUCACUACUUACCAUCAUGAUGUCCAAUAACUUCGUUGAAAUAAAAGGAAGUGUUUUCAAGAAGUUUGAGAAGAACAAUCUUUUUCAAAUGUCAAAUAGUGAUAUAAAAGAGAGGUUCACCAAUUAUGUGCUGCUACUAAUUGUAUGUCUAAGAAAUAUGGAACAGUUCUCAUGGAAUCCAGAUCAUCUUUGGGUGUUAUUCCCAGAUGUUUGCAUGGUGGUUGCUUCAGAAAUUGCGGUGGAUAUUGUGAAACAUGCCUUUAUUACAAAAUUCAAUGACAUCACAGCAGAUGUCUACAGUGAGUACAGAGCCAGUCUUGCGUUUGACCUUGUUAGCAGUCGACAGAAAAAUGCUUAUACAGAUUAUAGUGACUCAGUUUCCAGACGAAUGGGUUUUAUUCCUCUUCCACUGGCUGUUUUACUCAUGAGGGUCGUAACAAGCUCAAUAAAAGUACAUGGAGUCUUAGCCUAUGUCUGUGUUGUGCUCUUCUACUGUGGGUUAAUAUCCCUAAAAGUCCUUAACAGUAUUGUAUUGCUGGGGAAAUCAUGUCAGUAUGUAAAGGAAGCAAAAAUGGAGGAGAAAUUAUUCAAUCCUGUCCCGAGUGCCUCUGCAGGGAAGCCAGCUGGCAAACCACAAAGCAUGUUUAAAUCUACCCAUGGGUUUUCCACAGAUGAAAAUGGAUCUACAUCAGUUACCAAUCAGCCUGUGCAUCAGAAAGACAGUCUGCCGUCUUUACUUGUAACAAGCAAUUCUGAUCAAUUCCUGACGACUCCUGAUGGAGAAGAAAAAGAUAUAAGCCAAGACAGUUCAGAAUUAAAACAUAGGUCUUCAAAGAAAGACUUGUUGGAGAUAGACAGGUUUACUAUUUGUGGAAACAGAAUUGACUAAGUUUUUUCUAAUCAAUGUGCUGAGGAUACUGAGCUGUUGGACAGAAGAUGCUACCAGAAUGGACAGUUGCCCAAAAAGGCACAUAAAUAUUUAUUUAAAAACUUAAGUUAUUAAUGGGAAAAAAAAAAAUACUAAUUUCUCUCUACAGGUAUCCUGGCUUGGCAUCAGGUCAGGUUAACUUGCCUCUUGGAAAACGUGGUGGAUCAUGAGUCUGUAGCCUGGUGGCAGAGCUGCAGUAUCACUUUUCUGGAAAAUAGACUGGGGAAAAAGCAUAAUCCUGUUCUGCAUUAUGAAACCAUGCUUCCAGAACAUACUACUUUUUGUGAAGGUUCUUCCAGUGUAAAGAUACUCCUGGAAGUGUAUGACAGCAUGAGAGGAAGCUUGCCUUUCCAGUUAUCUUGUUUUAUUAAACAUCUGCAAACAGAAUUCAAUACUUGUGCUUAUUUCAACAUUCAGCGUUGGCACAUAAAGCAUUAAGUCAGGAUAGCUAUCCUAAUCAACAGAAAAAUCUUUUCAAGGUAUAUCUGAACUAAUCAGAAUAAAAAUUUGCUGUUAAAUAAAAGAUUUACUGCAUACUAUUUUAUUCAAAUACUAAGCACCCAGGAAAGAUCUCAGAUACAAAAUACAAUGAAGGUCCUGCUUAACUGGGCAAAUAUGAAGUAUAAUCAUUUGUUGUGUUCAGCUGUGUGUCCUGCAAGACAAAUUAUUUAUAAAAGUAUUUUUAAAAGCUCAGGAUUUUUUUCUUGCUGUAGGAAAAGAAAAAAAAAAAAGGG